AUGAAACGAGCAAUGAAACUCGGCGACAUACCUGAUGUCAGUUGCACUGUACAUCAGUUGCAACUGUGUGUGCGAACAUCGUUAGAUUGUAAUGAAGAAAUUAAAGCCUUAUUAUCGAAAUGCAAAAAAAAAUUGACGCAUUUUAAUCAUUCCCGAAUAGCUCAGACUGAACUGCAUAAAAUACAAAAGGAACAACUCAACCAAGAAUGUUUGAGUGUAAUACAGGAGUGUAGAGUGCGGUGGAACAAUAUAUUUUAUAUGUUGGAAAGAAUUAUUAAAAUUCCCUAUGCCUGUACGCAUGUAAACACAACAUCUCUCAGUUGUCUCCUGAAGAUUGGCUGCAGCUUAAAAAAAUAG